AUGGUGCCUUCACACUCGUUCAUUCUUUUCUUGUCAUUCAUUUGGAGUCCCUUCGUUCAGGCCGCCCCUUGGAUUGUGACGGAUACCUACGAGCAAGAAGUUCAUACAAAUUACUACUCCGAUUUGGUCACUGAAAUCAAUCAAAUCACUCCAACUGCAACUUUGCCAGCCGAGGCCCUGUCUACCAUUACUUCCACCAAUACCGUCUAUGACUACACUGUUGUCGAAGAGCUGUAUCCCACUGGCUAUGGCGAGGAGCGUGGCUUAUACGAUGGCUACCGUGGCGCUAUAGACAACGAUGGAACCUAUCAUAGCACCAUCUACCAGGUCAACCUGACUUUCUCGGCCCCGACGGCCUGCUCUACUCAAUGGACCACUACGACCGCUGUUUCAGUCCAUCCGCCCUAUGAGAUCGCGACCUUGCUGCCCAGGGAGCAUGUGGCAGCGUCGACCUCAGUCGACAACAGCCAGCCAUUCCAACCCACUACGUACAUCUUCGAGGUGGUGUUCGUAGAACCCACCCAAAUUCCCAGCAGGACUCUGGACUUUCUGAGCUACUAUCACACUCCUACGUCUCUGUACGUAGGUGCCGGAUGCCAGUACACGGGCGUCAGCGGGGAUUAUAACGACAACUCUGGAUACUAUACUGGGUUGUCGGGCGGACCAGAAAGCACUCAGUACCCCGGCGGAACAUCUAACAGUGGCUACGAUGACUAUGGCUACGAUGACGACGACAACUGGUUCACCAGCACAUGGGGAUCCGGCCUUGGCAUCUCCUACCUGGCAAUUGUAUUGAUAUGCGUGCUGGGUUGGAUCGGCAUUGUUUUCAUCCUGGGCAUGAUCGAAGCCUGGGUGCGAUUCCGUCGUCUCAUGACGGGCUGGCAGACCCGCCGUGGUUUCCCUCUUUUCUGGUCAUUCAUCUUGCUCCCUCUUUCCCUUUUCUGUCUCUUUUGUUUUCGCAAGGGAUAUCGCGCCCGUAGCAAAGAGGAUGCCGACGUCCUCAGGCAGAGAUGGGAUGCGAUGGGUUUCUGGACCAAGAUCCGCUUGUUCUUCGCUUGGGGAUUCCGUUUCAAGUAUCCGACUGUCUUGGGCCCGGCACCUGCGACUGUCAAGGCAAACAAGAGGCCCGAUGAGUCUGGUCCGCGCUUGCUGGAUGUAACUCCUCCCGGUACCGGUGCUCUGCCAGCAGGUCAUGGCGAGGAGGCUGGUCCCGUUCGCCAUGCUUGA